AUUAUUGGGUUUUAAUUCUUUGAGUUCCGUUCUCAUAAUAUUGAGAGGCCGUCUGUUGAUUUGUUGAACAUGCAAGAAAUUCUGAACUCAGAAAGGGGGCUUAUGCUUGCAACGCGCGAGCCAAAAACUAAUUGAUAAGUCGUACGAGCAAAGGCAUGAUAAGAAAAAAAAACUUCCAGUCUUCCAGCUGAUUUGUGUUGAUAUGUGUUAAAUGGUGGAUAUGUAUAUUUGCAUUAUUACUUAUUAGGUCGCUGGAACUAGGAAUAAUAUUAAUUUAUAAAUAUAAUAAUAAUUUUCAAAAUGUAUACCGAGGUUGAUGUGUUUGUUUCUAAUUUUACUCUCAUUGAUCCGGAAAUAUACCAAUUGUGGAUUGAGGGAUGCUCAUCAAGUGAGGCAGUAUCUACAUUACAUCAGAGGAACUCUGUGAAGCAGACAGGAGCAACUGUUGAACUUAUUGCCAGUGAUGUACUGGAUCACUAUAGAACGUUUGCACUUCUGGAGCGGCUGCUGACGGUACCCUCGAAGCUGUCAGAACAGAUGAUAUUCCAAAUUGAUGAGCCCACCAAACAAAUGCUUAUUGAAAAGUACUACGAUUUGGAUGAUGCGGUGAUACGAGAACUGCUCGGUAGGAAACUGUCCUCGCGACACAGGAAGGACUUAGACGAGGUGGCGGACAAGUCUGGCUCUCCACUCCGGUGCUGUAGACGCCAGUUCGACAACGUGCGGCGCGUGUUCAAGGCUGUGGAGGAGAUGCCGGGUAACGUGGUCUCCAACAUCCGGAAUACUUUCCUCAUAUCAGAACCACUGGCCAAGAAAUACGGUGCAGUUGUGUUCCUGGCCUGCAUGAGGUUCGAGACGACCAAGCGGAAGCUGCAGUAUCUUUGCUUCAAUGACUUCUUCCAAUGUGCUCAGGCGAUAAUGUCUCACUGGACAUACAGCUGUACUGGGCCGGAGUACUACGACACCGAGAUGGACCGUGAAUUCCUGCUGGAGCUGCGGGAGCUGAGGAUACUGCUGGACAAGGAGAAGGAGCAUAAGCAUUUAAUAUGCAUGCGCCUCAAGCCAAAAUUGCUGGAAAAAUCAUAUCAAGAGCUGGAGUUAAAUUUUAGGGUGUACACACGAGCACUGGUGGGCGUGGCUUGCAACCUGCACCGUGCGCGGGAACUACGCUCUCUCUUCAUCGAUCUACUCGAGAGAUGUAUCGAGCCCCUGCGAGGCGCCAGCUGGCCUCGGAGCGACCUGGCGCAGUUCCUGACGGCCUACGAGCACUGCGCCCUGCACCUCGACGUGCUCAGGGAGGCGGACUUGAAGUCGGUUUGGGAGAGGUACAUGCGCGUGGUGUCCCAGUGCCUGCUGACGAUGUAUCACACGUAGGUCGCGGGUUGUAUCGUAUAAGUGCUUGCCACAUAAUAUAUAUAGAUAAUGACAAACAAACAGAAUAUUGACCAAGGCCUUGUAGAGAACAACGGUGGAGGAAAGCCAGCGUUUGGUCUCUUUUAGUUUGCCGUCGUUCGUUAUAUGUGGACCCGGCAUAAUAUACAGUAGUAUUUAUAUUAAAUGCAAAAGAUAAAUUAUUAAAUAAAUAAUAAAUGAUUAGAUUUAUAGACAACGCGAACGUGAAAAAACGCGGUUAAAUUAAAUUUGUCUGUAAUUAUUAAAUUAUAAUUGUAAAUAGUAUAAAAUUAAGUUUAAUGUUUAUUAUAAAAAAUACACUUUUUCUGUUUUA